UCGCCAAUAUCAACAGGGGAUCACCUCAUGGUCUGUGCCAAGUGCGAGAAGAAGCUCACAAGGGUCGCAGCUUCGGAUCCCUACGUGAGUGUUCAGCGCUGCAGCACCAUCCACAAAUCCCAGAGGCAGCUCACUCGCUCACCUGACAUCACCUUUCCACAUCUGCCAAACAGCGCAAUCGAGACUCUCAGGGCUUCCUCAAAUCUAUCUCCUCCCGUCCUUCCGCUACUGGCUCAGCAGGUCCCUCUACAUCCUCAUCAGCAGCAGGUCCCUCGCGACCCCUUGCGUCCAACAAGCUCAUCGCCUCGAAGAAUCGCUACAAUCCUCUGACUUCAAAAUGCAAAAUCUGUAAAGGGACCGUCAGUCAAGAAAAGGCGACUUAUUGUAGUGGUUGCGCUUAUAAAAAGGGACUUUGUGCGAUUUGUGGAAAGCCGGUCAGUGAU